UUCCCCAGCCUCUUCCCCAGACGGUGAAACUGCUGCUUAGCCGCCUAUCUUCAGCUGAUUAUAAGGCCGCACAAAGGCACCGCUUCUCCUUGCGGCUCUUGCCAAGCGGUUUGGCCUUCCUGAGUCUUUACGCUGUGGGCCAUGCGUGUUCUUGCCCUCUUCCCAGCAGUUUCCAAAGCGAUGCACUGACUCGCGUAAUCGUACUGUAUUCUUAGCGUGACCAUGGGCCGCUGAGCAGCAGGGAAAUUGGUGGGAUGACGCUUCUCUCUGACAUAAACAUAAAAAGUUAUGAGGCUGCUCUUUGAGCUAGUGUUUUGGAUUUUGAUCUCACGAGAUGGCUAACGUUUCCCUGCUUUAGUUAUGUUUGCUGUUUUUCCUCUGGGAUGUACAGGCUUUGCUAUAAGCAGAUUUAGGGGAAACUUUGUAAAGGGUAAAUGAUAUUUCUUUUUCCUUUUUCUUUUCACUCCCUUCCUCCUCAAAAUUUAAGAAAUAGAUACUGCUGCCAUUUUGCCUUUAGAAACCAAAGACCCCCUUGUGUUCGAUGCUCGUUUAUAGUGCGCUUGUUGGGGGAAGGUUGCCAGUGCCCAAAAGAAGGAAUGGGAUGCAUUUCACUUAUGUUAAUGCCACUGCUGUAUUUCUUCUAUUCUGUCAGCAAUUCUGCAAUUCUCUUUUUGUACAUCUCUUAAUCUGUAAACAAUGGAAAGCUGUCCUUUGUUUUUUUGUUUUUUCUUUUGCAGUGCCAAUAAUAGAUUUUAGAUUUCUUCAGUCUCUUACAAAUUUUAGAACCUAUUUUGCAAUCUCUUGACAAUGCAGAGCUUCCCCUGUGCUUGUUGUUGCCAUUUAGAAAUAUGCUGUGCAGCUUAGGUGCAGGUAAGAGAAUCUUCUGGUGUGAUCAUGUUUGCUUUGGACACUGGCAGUACCAGUAGGUGAUCUGGGACUCUGACUAUGAUCGUGUGGUUUUUUAACUCUGAUCACGUCCCUGUAUUUGUCUGCGCUUCUUCCUUUUUCUGUGUAUAUGAAGGACUUAGGGCCUUGCUAGUUAUGCCGGCAAAGGUGAUACCCAAGGGAAAAUAAAGGUUUUGGCUGACCAAGCCCAUAUCAGAAGGGCACUGUGCUCAACUACUCUAGUUUUUCCUCUGUUGGAAUAUUUCCAAAGUGCAAUAUGGAAAGCAACUGAGUGCCUCUAAAAAGUGAUUGUGUUAUGUUGGUGCCUGUGUUUCUGUUGUUUAUCAAGGGGUAGCGUCAACACUAUUAGAUACAGUGCAUGGAAACACUGCUUGUUGGCACUGAAGUUUCUGUUCAGGAAUUUUUACGUCUUAUUAAAUAUUCUCAUAAUGAACAGUAUAAAAAUCAGCAGGAUUUUGAAGACGGUGCGUGGCCAAUGCAUUGGAUUCCCUCUAAAAGACUCGAAACGUCUGAUUCAGUGGUUGAAAGCUGUCCAAAGAGACAACUGGACUCCCACCAAGUAUUCAUUUCUCUGCAGUGAGCAUUUCACCAAAGAUAGUUUUUCUAAACGACUGGAAGACCAGCAUCGAUUACUUAAGCCCACUGCUGUCCCUACCAUCUUCCAACUUGCAGAGAAGAAAAACGACAACCUGGAUUAUGUCCGAAGUAGAAGAAAAAUAGCAAGCCAGGUACCAGUGCAGGAUGGAGACCAAUCAAGAGAAGGAGGCUGUGAGGUAGUUCAGAGAACCUCCUCUUCUGACCAGGACUUUAUGGUAAUACAAGGAGCUAAAGAGAUGGAGGAGGCAACUUUGCAAACUGAAAUUGGGUCAAUAGUGGAGAAGGAGGAGAGUAUCUACAGCCAGCUGGAAGGCCCUCGGAGAAGGACAUUGGGGGAUAAUUUAAUUGCAAAGCCAGGACCUCAGAAAAAGCCUGAGAGAUCUUCUGUAGAGGAUCGUCCUAAAACCACCCGAACGGGGAGUUGGAUAGCAGACAGAAGUGGCAUAUCAGUUGAUGACUUCACACCUCCUGCAUCUGGUGCUUGCAAGUUCAUUGGCUCUCUCCACUCUUACAGCUUUUCCUCUAAGCAUACCAGAGAGAGGCCAUCUUUCCCAAAAGAGCAACUAGAAAGGAAAAGGCCAAAGAGAGAUGUGGAACCUAGCUGUAGCAGCAAUGUCGUAGGGCAUGAUGAGACCUUAGCAGAAGGCUCCCCUACUUCAUCACUAACUGCAACCCCUCAGAAACCUUCACAGAGUUUGUCAGCAUCCCCAGCAGACCUAACCCCUCAGCCUGCCGCUGAGGCUGUGGUAGGGCAGAAGGGUGACACAGAUGCCAAUCCCAUGUCAAUCAAUGAGGUCAUCAUGUCAGCCUCGGGCGCUUGCAAACUCAUCGACUCGCUCCACUCAUACUGUUUCUCCUCCAGGCAAAGCAAGAGUCAGGUGUGCUGCUUGCGCGAACAGGUAGAGAAGAAGAAUGGAGAGUUGAAACUGUUGAGGCAGAGGAUCAGUCGCUCUGAUAGUCAAGUCAGGAAGCUGAAAGAGAAGCUAGAUGAACUGAAGAGGAUCAGUUUCCCUUACUUGAACAGUCUGCUAUCACAGGACUGUGAGACGCCCCAGCUGAAUCCUGUGAUGGAGCCCCUCUCCUGGAUGCUGGGCACCUGGCUCUCAGACCCGCCAGGAGAUGGCACCUUCCCUACAAUGAAGCCCUUUCAGUACCUGGAAGAAGUGCACAUCUCUCAUGUGGGGCAGCCGAUGCUGAACUUCUCGUUCAACGCCUUCCAUCCAGACACCAGGAAGCCAAUGCACCGAGAAUGUGGAUUCAUCCGCCUCAAACCUGACACUAAUAAGGUGGCCUUCAUCAGUGCCCAGAACACAGGUCUUGUGGAGGUGGAGGAAGGGGAGGUGAACGGUCAGGAGUUAUCUAUAGCUUCUCACUCCAUAGCCAGGAUCUCCUUUGCCAAGAAGCCCCAUGUGGAGCAGGAGUGAGCACCUUUCAAAGGUGCUCUGUAUAUUCUGCUUUCCGUGGAGCAACUGUAGCAAAACAACUCUAUGCUUAAUGAAGGAGUUCAAGGAGAUGAACUACCAGCAGUGGAUGAGGAUCAAGUCGGAGAUGACUUAGGAGAACUUGGCACAUACAAGUCCAUGGGACCCAGACAGGCUGCACCUGAGGGUGCUAAUGAGAGACCUGGCUGAUGUCCUUCAAAGGCUGCUCUCUGUCAUCUUUGAAAGUUCAUAAAGAUUGGGGGAGGUCCCUGAUCACUGGAGAACAGCAAAUAUUGCAUGCAUUUUCAGGAAAAAGCCUGGUUGUCAACCUAGGGAACUACAGGCUGGUCAGCCUCACUUCAGUAGCUGGAAAUUUCUGGGCACAUGAAGGAGAAGGUGACUGAGAACAGUGAACAUGUUUUUGUCAUGGUAAAUCAUGCAUCACUAACCUGAUUGUCUUCUACAAUAAAAUGACUGAAUUUUUGGACAAGGGGAGAGCAGUGGGCUUCAUUUACCUUGAAUUUACCACGUUUUCAGUACCGUCUCCCACAGUACUUUUGUAUCCAAGCUGGGGUGUUAUGAUUCAAAUGGGUGGACAACUGGAUGGGGGGAAAAAAAAAAACUGAUUGGAUGGUCAGGUUCAGAAGGCUGUGGUUAAUGGGUCAUGUUCUACCUGGAGGCUGGUUACAAGUGGAAUACCACAGAGGUUGAUCCUGGGACCUAUCCUGUGUGAUGGCAUUAACAAUGACAUGGAGGAGCCAACAGAGUGUACUCUCAUAUCUGCAGAUGACACCAAAUUGGGGUGAAUCAGGGCAUGCAUACAGUCUAGGUUUGGGCUGCCAUCUAGAGGGACCUGGACAGGCUGGAGGAACGGGCCAUCAGGAACCUCAUGAAAUUAAACAAGGAAGACUAUCCGGGCCUGCCCCUGGGAAGGAAGAGCCACUGGCAAUGAUACAGUCUGGAGAUUGCCUGGCUGGGGAGCAGCUUUGCUGGAGAGGUCCUGAGCAUCUUGGUCGGACAGAAGCUGAAUGUGAGCCAGCAGUUUCCCUGGCAGCAGAGAAAGCCGACAGCAUCCUGGGCUGUAUGAACAGUAACAUAGCUAGGAGAUCCCAGGGAAGUGAUUGUCCCGCUCUGCUCGCCGAUCGUUAGACCUUCUGCAGCGUACUAUGCCCAGGUUUGGGCUUCUCCCAUAGAAGAAAGACAUUUUGCUCAACAGCAGGAGGCCACCAACGUGAUAGGGGGCAGGAGCACUUGUCCUGUGAAGAGGGGCUGAUGGACUGGAGUUGUUCAGCCUGGGGAAGAGAUGGCUUCAGGGACCUAAUAACAGCUGGCCAGUGCCUACGAAGGGUUAUAGGAGAGAGCCAGGCUGUUCGUAGUGGUGUGUGGUGGGAGGAUGAGAGAUGGUAACCUCUCAUUUCAAUUUAUGCCCAGACUGGUUCUUAGGAGAAAUUUUUCUCCAUGAGGACAGGCAAUUGGUGGAGCAGCUUGUGCAGUCUCCAUCACUGGAGCUUUUCAAGACCUUGAGCAACCUGAUUUGACUUCAGAGCUCAUCUGGGUUCUUCUCCUGUUCCUCAGGAACAAGGUCAUGGGAAGUAGAGACUUCCUACAGUCUGCUUUGACCUAAAGUUCCCCUGGAGAGGCUGCUGCUGUUUCUCUCGUUAAUAGAAACUUCUCUGUAUCACAGAAUAGUUUGGGUUGGAAAGAAGCUCUGGAGAUCAUCUGGUCCAACCCCUUUGCUGAACCAGGGUCAGCUCGAGCAGGUUGUCCAGAACCAUGUCCAGUUGGGUUUUAAAUAUCUCCAACCUCUCCAGGUGACUCCAACCUCUCUGGGCAACCUGUUCCAACGUUCAGCAACCCUCAUAACGAAGAAGACAUCACAAAACAAAUUUUCUGUUGUGUAUAGCCCUCUGCCAUCCGUGCAGUGCUCUUUUCUUGUGAAGCAGCUACCUUGUACCUCUCCCACAGCAGUAAGUACCAGAGCUGCUUCCUCCUUGCUGUGCUGUUUCCUAGUGCUUCAUGUUUUCUCACUCCUGUAUAAGAAGUAGCAGUCUCUAGUCUCUACAUGUCCCAGGUGUUCAUGGUGCUUGCCCUCCUGGGGUGCCAUCAGCCACCCUUUGAAUCAAGCUCACUUUUAAGAGAACCAUCCCCUUUUAUUUUUACUGAGUUGAUAGCAAUAAUAAUAUUGAUUCCAUUUGUUCUUUCAGCAUUCAGAUUUUGGUGUCUGACGAGCAGUGGUACUUAGGCAUCCACACCAACCCAGAGCAAGCACCUGCUGUUGUCCAUCUACGUGUAGUUGCUGUGGCUGCAAUCAGUCAUAUUUGGAGCAGGUUGCUGACCAGCAAGCUCAGUGCUUUGGCUGAGAGCAUAGUAAAUGUCCUACCAGCAGUACUGUGGAACUAGUAAGGGGAGUGCAGGGACAGGCAGUCAGUGUGCUGGUGUGAAACCUCAGCAAUUCCAGGAUUUUCAGGCUCUGGCAAAUCCAUGCUUCAGAGCUGUUAGCCACUCUCUAUAUGAUUAAUGACUCCCCUAAGAGUGAGUCCACUUAUUUGUAGCCCAUGUAAUAAAUAAAGCUGCAUCUUAGAAGGCAGCAGAGGGCCUGGGUAGUUCUCUGCAUGCCUGUUGUAGUAGAUGUUCUUUGAGCUGAAGCUUUAUCUGGAAAUCAUUCAUAUGUUUUCUUGGGUCAAAGCCUCAAGCUGUUUUUAAGUGUUCUAAGAGCACCAAAAUAAAAAUUGUUCCCUUUUAUUCAUAUAUAUGUGAAUGGUGCUGAAGAGUUGACUUGGCCUCUUUGUGAAGAUACAGAAAGAAUGAGUGACCAGAUGCAACUCUAAGGAUGCAAACAGAUGAAUAUUGAAAUAUGAAGGACUAGUUAAGAUCCUGUCAAGCCUUCCUUUCUUGCUAGAUUUCCUGUUCAUGUCCUGUGUUCAGACGUAUUGCUCAGGUUAUGUCAAAGCUGGAGGAAUCAAUUUCGCUUAAAAAAAAGUUUUGUUUUCUUUAAAGCAAACAUCACCUUUAUUUCUUUUUUAGCUGCAUCUGUUCUAGCAUUCUUUUGCAAGGUGUUAGGGAAUGCAGAAUAUGGCUGAGACCAAAGAUUUAGUAUCACUUGGUUAGCUCAAUAGCAGAGGUGACCGUAUUCAAAAUAGUAAGUCAUCUCUCAGAGGAUCCUUCGUGUCCUUAGAAUUACAAACGCUUUUCACUGGGGAAGAGGAAGGCAAAAGACCCAGUGUUCAGCACACUCACAGAGGAAAAAACUUCCUAUAGGUUUCAUGAAACCUAUCUCCCUGCAUCAUGUUCUGUGUUCUCCAGGGAUCUGUGCCACUUCUGCACUGUAAAUAUUUGAUGAAGAAGGGAAGAAGCAGCUCCCUCAGAGCUUCUAAAGAAAAUGUUUAACAGCCAAAGAGAUGGAAGACAGGCACUUUUGGAAGUGCUAAAUGGAAGAGUUAAAGUGCGUUUAUAGACGGGUCUUAAUUGAGAGUCCCUUUUUUUGCUGCUGUUUUAUGAUAUUGCUUUGAGGACGAAACCUUUGCAUUUUAAGCAAUAUACGCUGUGAUGUUGGAGAAGAGUGACACCUCUAUUCUCCUUCAAUUCUGCAGUGAAUCUUGAUUCACUGCAGCAAUAUUUUCAUCCAGUCUUCAUGACACCAUGCUUGUAGAUAUAACAAUGUUGCAUGACUUUUGUGGAAGGAGAUUUUUAGACCAGGGAAAAGCAAAACUUCCAAUAACUAAGGGAAAUAUGCUUCUGCCAGUGUGUAUGCAGUGAUGUGCAUUCACUGUCAUUCUGUUGUGAGAGAGUCAUACUUAAUUUGCUUAGCUUCUCCUAAGGAGCAGAGGGAGAUGACUGAUCGAACCUGCAAUAAAAUUAAAGACAGUAACAAGUAGUUCAAAGUAGUAACAGAGGGCGCCUUGCGCUAUGUGAUUUUGAGGGCUAGCUAACCAGAGAUGGCUCUUAUUUCUAGAUGCCAUGUGCUUCUCUGUGGAACUUCCUUCUUCCUCCAUUGGAACUUCCUUCUUCCUCCAUAGAAACUUCUUUGAGUACUGCUGUUUUCCAGCACUGCCAAAUCCCUCUGGAAGUCUGUUAAAAUUAGUGCUCCGUGUUGCUAGGAAACUUCAUGGCAUGCUUCUUUGGCCAUAGUCCCAGCUUCCUUUUAAUUUUCUCCCAGUGUCAUUCAAGAGCGAUAGUAACUUUUCAUUUUGCUUUGAGUAGCUUCACUGUGUAUGUGCCUGUCCUGAUCUUUUGAUCUUGGGUCUGUGCCCGAGGGGAAUGUGAGGCCAUACAGACCCAUUCACUUGGUGCCCAAAGUUCUAAUGCUGCCUGCGCAUAACUUGAAGUAUUUAAAGCUGUUUUUGUGUCUCCUUAAAUUAGACUCUAAGUUGGAUUAUCCAGAAGAGCCAGUGAAGCUGUAGAGCAGCUGGCCCAUGCUUAGAGGGAAAGCACAUGGAAUGUCUCUCAUAGACAUCUUGUGUGUCAGCCAGUGCAGCAGUGGUUCAGGCAUGUUGUGUGCCUGUGGCACGGCAUGUCCCACAGGAGCCAGUUACUCUGGGUGUUAGCAGGGAGCUCAUGUAUUUUGCCUAAGCUGGGACUGAGCACUGAGCCCAGUGGGACUAGCUUCUGUUUGCAGAGUCAGCACUGGGCAGGUUCCCCGAAAACAACCCACUCUGCACAUAAAGAUUCCAGCUAUGUUGCCCUGUUUGAUCCCGUCAGUCAUGCGUCUUUUCCAGCUCUGACUUCCACAGUUCUGGGAUGUUCUAUCAUCCUGUCUCUUCCCCUGAUGGUCACAAUUUCCUCCCUUGCUGUUUGAUUUUUGGUCAUGAGAUGAGAAAAGUUUAUGUCCACUCUUCAUUGCAAGUAGUGGUAACAGAUCAGAAUGGGCUAUUCAGAAACACUGAGCUAAGGUGUAUUGUGAAAUAAUUUCAGUACGAGCGCUAAAGAUAAGUGUGUUUUAUGUUCUUUUGAUUUGCUUCUUCCUUCUUAGAGUAUUUGAGCAAUGCUGCCAUGCAUUAUUAGAAAAAAUCAGCAAAUAUUGGUGAAACCAUCAUUUGGGUAUGGCUCUGUUCAUGCUUUUGCACCCACAGACCUCAGAACAGCCACGCAUCCUCAGCAGCUCUGUCAGAUUUCACUCUCAGUUGUCAGUAAACUACUGACAACUACUGGACACACAAGCUGAAUUCCAGCUGUAGCCACAUUCAGGUGAACUAGCUGAGGAUGGGUUGAGAAGGACAAGAUGUUCCAAAGCGAACAGCAGUGUGGAUUGUGUGUUUGGCAGGAACCUGCUGGUGAAAUGAAAGGGAAUGCGUUGGAUGUUGGUACUGAGGGAGGAUCCGCUGUGUAUGUAUAGGAAGGGUAGAGGCAAUGGACAGGACACUGUUCCAGAGCAUGGUAAUUGGCAAUAAUUAAUGGCCGUGCCCUUGAGUGACCUUCACUGAAAGUAAUAUUUUUGCAAAAACUUCUCUCUCUUUCCAUCUCUUUAAGAUAAGUUGAACUUCAGGAGCAACAAGAAAUCCUGUAUCUUUCUACUGCUGAACGUUAGCACACAUUUGUUGCCUGUUAUCCCCAUCUUCACGCAAAAGUUAGUUCUGCUGCUUCCUGAGCCUCAACAGUCAUGCCCAGGUCAAGAAAGUUUCUCACGCAAAAUCUUUUUUAGUGACCAGUGCUAUGCUGGGAUCACUUUGCAGCAAACUCUGAGUCUCUGACAAUGUGUGUGAGAGGAGUCUGAGGAAAAGAUUUGGAAACUCCUCCUCUUCUCCAGGAGUUGACCAAAGCUGUCUUUUAAAACACAUUUGCUCUAGAAAAGCUACUCAAUAAUUUUACCUCUGCACAAACUGAGAGUAUUCCACUGUCCUUGGGGAAGCUACUAAAAGAAAACGGAGGCAUUUUGUUAAAUCAUUAAGGUGAAAAAUAGCAGAAUUACAGAAUGGUUGAGGUUGGAAGGGACUUCUAGAGAUUGUCGAGUCCAAUCCUUCUGCUCAAGCAGGGUCAGCAAGAGCAGGCUGCCCAGGACUGUGUCCAGACAACUUUUC